GGUUCGAUUCCUGCCGCGGCACUAAUCUCCUUUGGCAAAACACUAAUCUAUACCAUAAACUUUCUCAAAUCACCCACCCUUAGAUUCCAGCGCUACUGAUGCUCCACCCACGACAAUCCCUCCCCAGAUAAGGCCUGUAGUUUACCUCCAGGUGCGUCUCGUUGAUGGCGCAACGGAUCGAGAGGGUCGGGUGGAGGUCUACUACAACGGCUCCUGGGGAACGGUGUGCGAUGACCUCUGGGACAUCAGCGACGGUCACGUAAUUUGUAGGAUGCUGGGUCUGGGUGAGGCGCAGUUAACACAAGGGUAUGGAGCAGGAGAGGGACCUAUUAUCCUUGACAACGUGACUUGCCUGGGGACAGAAGACAACCUUGGGGAAUGCCAGCAUCCAGGAUUGUUUGAGAAUAACUGCAGCCAUGCGGAGGAUGCUGGAGUCAAAUGUUCAGCCACUACUCAGGCACCCCCUAGAACACUGCAGGUGCGCUUGGUGGAUGGCAACACGCCCAAUGAAGCCACUACUCAGGCACCCCCUAGAACACUGCAGGUGCGCUUGGUGAAUGGCAACACGUCCAAUGAAGGUCGUGUUGAGGUCCUGUAUAACGGAACUUGGAGCACCAUCUGUGACGAUUCCUGGGAUCUGCCGGAUGCUCAUGUGACCUGUCGUAUGCUGGGCUAUCCUGGGGCGCAGAGUGCUCUCGCCAGUGGUUUCUUUGGCCCGGGUGAAGCAGGUAUUCUUCUGGACGAUGUGGAAUGUAUCGGAAAUGAAACGAGUCUUGAGGAUUGCCAACACCCUGGGUUCUAUGAGCAUGAUUGUUCCCACAGUGAAGAUGCGGCAGUGGUCUGCAGAGCCACUACUCAGGCACCCCCUAGAACACUGCAGGUGCGCUUGGUGAAUGGCAACACGUCCAAUGAAGGUCGUGUUGAGGUCCUGUAUAACGGAACUUGGAGCACCAUCUGUGACGAUUCCUGGGAUCUGCCGGAUGCUCAUGUGACCUGUCGUAUGCUGGGCUAUCCUGGGGCGCAGAGUGCUCUCGCCAGUGGUUUCUUUGGCCCGGGUGAAGCAGGUAUUCUUCUGGACGAUGUGGAAUGUAUCGGAAAUGAAACGAGUCUUGAGGAUUGCCAACACCCUGGGUUCUAUGAGCAUGAUUGUUCCCACAGUGAAGAUGCGGCAGUGGUCUGCAGAGCACCAGCGGACGUGGACAACCUCAUGACGGAAUGGAAAUUCGUAAUAGGUAAUCCUCAGACGUCCGCUGGUGGCAUUUUCACUGUCCUGUAA